UGUGGACACCGACUCACGGAGCGAGACUAGGGAGGGGUACUUCAAUUUAUCUCUCUUUUUUACCUCUUAAUCCUUUAUUUUCAUUUGGUUUCAAUCCAAAAUUUCAUACUUUACGAUACGCAACCGUUGUAAACUUGAUUACAUACUGACCGCUGCCUUCCCCCCUUGGGACUAAUAAGCAUUUGUGAAAAGAAGCCAGAAGAAAGGAGAAGAAACAAGAUGGAGCGAUAAAUAAUAGGAAUUAUUAAAAAAAAAGAAUAAAGGAAGGCUUAUGAACCGACGAUGAGUCCUUGGGAGGAUCCGUGAAGCAUAUUUAUUUUUUUAUUUAUCCCCCAUCCUGCUUCCUUUUGUCUUUUUGCCUUUUCCCACCUCCGUGCUACUUUAAGGACGUUGUUUUCACGGUUAGCGGGACAUCUUCCCAGAAGGAGCGUGAUGGCCCAAGCGGACAUCCUGACAAAGUUUAUCCAGGGCGUGAAAGCCAUGACGGAGGGGGACGACGAGAGGGGAGAGGACAACUUCGGCAGCGACUUUAUGCGUCUGCGGCGACUAUCCACAAAGUACCGCACGGAAAAGAUCUACCCGACCAAUGUAGGAGAAUGCGAGGACAAUGUCAAGAAGAACCGGUAUAAGGACAUACUGCCGUUUGAUCACACUCGGGUGAAGCUGACGUUAAAAACAACCAAUCAGGAUACAGAUUACAUCAAUGCCAAUUUCAUCAAGGGUAUGGAUGGCCCAGAGGCCUACAUUGCAACUCAGGGCCCGCUGCCCAACACAGUGGUGGACUUCUGGAGGAUGAACUGGGAGUACAAUGCAGCUGUUAUUGUGAUGGCCUGUCGAGAGUUUGAAAUGGGAAGGAAAAAAUGUGAGCGUUAUUUCCCUCUGCUCGGGGAGCCUGUCAGUUUCGGGCCUUUCAAAAUCUCUUGUGAAUCAGAGCAGGCCAGGACUGACUACUUCAUCCGCACUCUGCUGGUGGAGUAUGAGAAUGAAACGCGUAGAUUAACGCAGUUCCAUUACAUUAACUGGCCCGAUCACGACGUCCCCUCGUCGUUUGACUCCAUCCUGGACAUGAUAGGCCUAAUGAGAGAGUAUCAAGAGAACGACGACGUCCCUAUAUGUGUUCACUGCAGUGCGGGCUGUGGGAGGACGGGCGCCAUUUGUGCCAUUGACUACACAUGGAACCUCCUCAAGGCUGGGAAAAUUCCAGAAGAUUUCAACGUGUUCCGAUUGAUCCAAGAAAUGAGGACUCAGCGCCACUCGGCUGUUCAGACCAAGGAGCAGUAUGAGUUAGUCCACAGAGCAAUAGCGCAACUCUUUACCAAACAACUGCAGCUAUUGGAGAGCUCCACCAACGUGCAGAUACAUGAUGUUAUGGAUGAAAGCAGUCCAGACAAAGCAGGCCACCAGUCAGAUGAUGAGCGAUGGGACACGCCUCCCCCGAAACCACCUCGCAUACGCAGUACACAGGUGGAGGGCGACGUCAAAGAGGAAAUCCUGCAGCCCCCCGAGCCUCAUCCAGUGCCCCCCAUACUGACCCCGUCCCCGCCAUCAGCCUUCCCCACGGUCACCAGCGUUCGCCAGGACAACGACCGCUACCACCCCAAACCUGUCAUACACGUCCUGGCUACUGCACAACAGAACGUGACACAGAAUGAAGGUGUACAGCAGGGGAAGAACAUAUCAGAAGCCACUCAUAACACUCAGACCAGCCAAUCACAACCAAAAGACCAAAAGCAGCAGACCCAGAUCUCCAAUUUAGAUCUAAAUGAAAACUACAACAACAAAGUUCCUACGACGACGACAAAGUCAGAAUCGGGCCAAAGCCUGACUUCCUGCUCCCCUCAGUCGCCAGCUGCCGAGUGCUGCGGCGCGCCACGCAUCGAGAGGAAGCUCAGCAUUGAGAUUAAGAAGGUGCCUUUGCAGGAAGGACUUCGUAGUUUUGACACUUCCUCUUCAGUGGGAGUAGGCGGCGGUGGCGGCUCAUCCAACAGUGGGGGGACGCUGCAGAGAAGCCACGCUUUCAAGGCCCGCUCUGGACACUCCCUGCUCACCUCCAGCUCCUCCCUGUCCGAGGACUCGGGGACAGAGGUGGGAGUGGGCGGUUUGGAAGUAGGAGCACUCGCCAGACCCAACCACCUCCCAGUGAUGGGUGAAAAAGUGGAGCUAAAAGGCAGCCAGGCGACUUGGACUCAACCCUGCAGUAGCCCGGAGAAAACUUUGCCAAAGACGUCCUCGUCCUCAUCCUUUUCUGAUCACGUGGCCCUGUCUUCCUCCUCUUCUUCCUCCUCCACUCCAGUUCGGACUGCCCUGAGCUUCACCAAUCCGCUGCACUCGGACAACUCGGAUGAUGAACAGGGCGAUGGAGAGAUGUUCGCAGCGGGCAAAGAGGGCUGUCACAUCAGCGUCUCAACGGCGACGGUUAAGUCUCUUCACUUUGGGGACCACCAGCUGGUGCGAAAGGUUUCACCCAUGUCCAUCGCCGGGCAGAGCUCCUCGUCGCCCACUUUGGCCAUUGCAAACUGCUCGGACAGUGACGACUCCCCUCCCCCCCUCCCAGAGAGGACCCCCGAGUCCUUCAUACUGGCCACAGACCCUCUUGAAGUGCGGACAUCAACCUCAGCCGAGUGGACUGGUUCACACAAAGCAGAUAAGUGUGAGUGUGUGAAGAAAAGAGCUGAGUCAGCAUCAGCUGAUAUCAAAGCAGACCUCGGUGGGGUUCGGUAACUGCUACAUUUCACCCGAGGGCCCUCAACUACCCCCCCUGGUGGACACCAACAAUGUCGUUCCCUUUGGAGACGGACCAAGAUCUCACCCGGCUGGUUCCAAACCAAGCUGACAAGGCACCAAGAGAGCCUCGUUCUGCUCCUCCACACACACAGCAAGAAGGACUGAAAGUCUUGUUGGUUAGCUGCCAUGUGGGACCAGUCUGCUUCUUGUUGACAGUAAAUAAGGACGUCCUUAUCUUUGACCAAAUGUAGACAUUGUAACUGGAAGAAAGAUGAGCUCUUCUUUCUUUCUGCUAUAUUUCUAAGGAGCAUAUAAACGGAAAGACUAGAGUGUCUGUUGUGUUCGCUUCAGUACUUAUAUGCUGACCUCUGUUUUUUCCACCACUGUCUUAUAAAGUGACAGUUUGGUUUUUGGCAGCAGUUCUAAAGUUUCCAUCUUUUGUUCAUAAGUUCAGAAAUCACAAUGUUUAUGUUUUAUUUAUGUAUUAAACUAUACGCAAGUUAUCAACAAGGAGCAAACAAGUCACCUCUCAGACUCUGAUCCUCACUGCUGCGACUGUAAUCUGGCCCUAGUCUUGUUAUCUCGGUCAUCAUCAUUUUAAUGAGCAUCAUCCUUGUUUUGUUGUGUUUAUGUUGCACAUUAGAGUGAGACUCUUAAAUUCUUACUGGCUUUCUAUAUACUUGUAUCUUCUACUACAGUACUACUGUAGUACUACAGUACAUCAUUUUUUAUAAUUGUACAGCUCAGUUCGCAUCUAUUUUCUUUUCUUUUAACAGAUAAUGUAAGAAAGAUGUUUCCCAUCAAAUUGUAAAUUAUUAUUUUAGGGUUAUUUUGUUGAAUUAUAUGCUUAAAAAGGAAGAUUGUUUUAAUUGGUUGACUGCCAUUUGGGCUCUGUUCAAGACUGUAAUAUUAAUGUUAAUGAUAAUAAUAUUUUUUCCUCUCUUGUAAAUGCUAUUUUAAAGCUUAUUUUUGUAUGCACAGUUUUGUUGCUUUAUGUCUAAUUAUCUCCAUCCAAUCACUACAUAGUUUCACUUCUUAAACAACUGCCUUCUAUUUAUCCUUUCUUGACCUGUUCUAUGUUUAUCCAUCAGACACAGUAUGCACACUCCAUCUCAGAACGAGCCCACCUGUGCCUUUUUAAGAGAACGCUUUCAUAAGACCACACCCCUAUUCAUAACUCCCCCUUUCAGUUGUCUUCUUGUCUCCCAUCAAACACACACACAUUGUGUGUAUGUUGCAGAAAUCAAUCAGUAAAAUGAACGUUAUAUGAACAAA